GGCAAAGAGCUUCAACCACUUGUCGGCUCGGUACAAACCCAUUCUGAGUGAGAGAGAGACAGGGGACAAAACCCACAGAGGAGUGUAAAGACUGAGUAAAAGAACAGGGUGAGUUUUGUUGUGGAUACAUCGGAACUUUACAAGAAAAGAAACGUGGGAAAAAUUAUCCUGGACUUUUUUAUAUGGAUUCUUGGCCUGCUGUUGGCCAGUUGAAUGCUGAGUUGUUGUUCCAGCAGCACAACACCACACACACACACACACACACACAGAGGCUGGAUUUUUUGGUCAAGCCAAAAGCUGAUCUGCAUCCACCAAUCCUGGACUAAACAGAGCAGCUGAGCCCUGUUAAGCACCGAAUACAAGCUCCCAGGCAACUCCUCUCAGUUCUCUGUUACUACAGAAAUGUCUCAGCAACACAAUAUCAUCUUACUCUGUCUUUUCACCGUCUUCAUCACAUCACUGGUGCUGGGCUUAGAAAAUAAUUCGACAGAUGAGGAGUGUGCUGACCUGAACAACACCACCUGGCAGGAGUACCGUCAGCGCAGUGUCAAACUGCAGGUUCAGUACCUGCUGCUGACCAGGAGAAACCUGGACUGUGCACAAACGUUCACUCAGCAGUCUCUUACAGAAACAGAGCAGCCGUCUUACUUCAACAUCUCCCGUCCCACAAAGGUCAUCGUCCACGGGUACAGGGCUCUGGGCAGUAAGCCGUCCUGGGUGAAGGAUCUGGCUGUGGCCCUGCUCCGGGCUCAGGAUGUGAACGUGGUGGUGGUGGACUGGAUCUACGGCGCCUCAUUCGCCUACAACCUGGUGGUGGAAAACUACAAGGAGGUGGCUGUGCAGAUCUCUGUUCUCAUAAACCAGAUGCAGACAAAUGGCUGCAAACUGGAGUCCUUCCACUUCAUCGGGAUCAGUCUUGGGGCUCAUGUCGCUGGAUUUGUGGGGACUCUGUUUGAAGGGAAGAUUGGAAGAAUCACAGCUCUGGAUCCUGCUGGUCCCAUGUUUAAAGGAGCCGACACCUUCGACCGUCUGGACCCCUCUGAUGCUCUGUUUGUCGAUGCCAUCCACACAGACUCUGACUAUUUUGGCAUCUCCAUCCCUGUCGGCCAUGUGGACUUCUUUCUGAACGGGGGAAAAGAUCAGACUGGAUGUGCCCGCUCCAGGUUUGCUUCAAUUCUUGUCUACUUCCCAGUGUACGGCUAUGUGAUCUGUGACCACAUGAGGGCGCUGCACGUCUACAUGAGCGCGCUGAGCGGCUCGUGCCCGCUGAUUGGGAUCCCCUGCUCCAGUUAUGAGGACUUCCUAAAGGGAAACUGUUUGGACUGUGACAUCUUCAAGGGCACAUGUCCAACUAUAGGUUUAUCAGAAAACAGUGGGAUAACAAUAUCUCCAAUCCCCAAAGAGCAGAGGCUGUUCCUCCUCACGUCUUCUUCGACACCUUUCUGCGCUCAUCACAUCCUGCUGCGGCUGGAGGUUUCUCCUCUGGAUAAGAGCGCUGAGGUCGAGGUGACACUGAGGACGGAGAGCCUCAGGAAAGAACAGAGACUCAGACUGUCACCGACAGACAGCAGUCGGACAGAUACGACGAUGUACAGGACGGUGUUGACUCACCCGCUGCCUCUGUGUGAGAUCCAAACCAUUGAGCUGAAGAACACUGGAGCUUUCUACAGGCAGGGAGACAUCCACGUCAAGUCUGUGUGUGUCUCUGAGUUCCCCUCCAACAGGCAAGAUGUGCCGCUGUGUGUGAACAACUUCCACAUCAGACGAGGAGCUCCGUGGUUUCAUGACUUUGUGCAGGUGUGCGACUACUAAUAAAGACACGACACUGACAAAAGAAACACUCUACGGUGAAGUCCUCAACAAGAAGUCAGUUUUCAACACCUCUUUCAAUGUCAAUGAAGAUGAUCACAGAUUCAAAUCUCAGCCGGUGAAGCCAAAGAAAUACGUCUUAUUUUUCAGAUGAAGCUUACAUUUUUACACUAACAAACCCACCGCAGUCUAGAUUUACUUCACUGUUAAGUUAAUAUGCUGCCCAACUGACUUCCUAUAACACCAUACCAUCAGUCAGAUACAGUCAUGUAUGUCAUGCAUCUAGAGUUUGUUUUUAGUCUUGUCCUUUGUUUUUCUUCUUUGACAACUUUUUUCUAUGACAUAGUUUUAGGAUGUUUCAGGUGAAAGUGUUUUUUCAAUGUAGCGCUGCUGAAUUCAGUUUGUCGUUUAAAGCAAAGCAAUAAACCUGCUCACUGUGCUUUU